GGGGGAAUAGUUUAGACACGAGGAAGUGAUGUAUCCCUGUGCUGCAAUCGUUGCAGGAAAUAGUUAGGUUAUAGUUUCCAGCAAGGUUUUUUUUUCCGCCUUGUCUUGUGUACUGAGCUGUAGUUAGUACUGAAAAUAUUACACGUUCAGACUGCAGGUUUCCAUUUAAAUUGUAUCAUUGAACUCCAUUUUUUUUUUUUUUCUGUCAAGAAUUUGGAUUGUCAAGAAUUCAUGAUGAUGAGCCUUUUUUUUCCUCUUUUAUUUGUCUCUGUUCUGUGUAUGAACAGCUUCUCAGGAGUGCAGGGAAAGAAAUGGAAAGGUGAAGGUACUACUCAAAACCUGGAAAGUAUUGUCAUUGGAAGAUGCUAUGAUUAUGUUAGAAUUGUGAACCCUGCUGUUGGUGAGAAGAAUUGUUCACAGAUAUGGGAAGCAUUUAAAAAUGCAUUUAUUAACAAGGAUCCUUGCAGCAUUCUACCUGAGGAUUAUGAAUUAUUUAUCAACCUCACAUUUCACACGAUUCCACCUAACAAGUCUCUUUUCUGGGAAAAUAAUCAGCUACUGGUCAAUAGCUUUGCUGACAGAGGACGUCGUUACAUGUCUGUGGGUGAUACUCUGUUUGGCUUCGUUGGAGAUUUUCUGAACUGGUGUGGGCAGGCAGACAGCCCUGACCUGGACUAUGAAUCCUGCCCUACCAUGACGGAGUGUGAAAACAAUGCAGUGGAUUCUUUCUGGAGGAUGGCCUCGAUCACUUAUGCACGGCACAGCUCGGGGGUGGUACAGGUCUUGCUGAAUGGUUCUGCAGAGGGAGGAGCUUAUCCACAGCCAGGUUUCUUUGCAGAUUAUGAAAUACCUAAUUUCCAGAAAGACAAAAUCUCACAAGUUGCCAUUUGGGUUGUGGAUGAUAUUGAAGGACCAGAUAGAGAUUCCUGUGGAACUAAUAGUGUAAAGACAUUAGAAACCAGGCUGAAAACUCUUGGUUUUGAUGUCACUUGCACUGACAAUUACAAGUCUGUAAUGUUCUUACUCUGCCUGGAUAGUCCUGAUGAUUCUAAGUGUGCCCUUGCAUCGUACACAUGAGAUACUUGAACAUCUGAAUGAGAACUUCCUCACUGUUUGGAAUGCUGUAGAAUGUAUCGAUACAUAAACACUGUUUUGUGGUUAUAUUCUUCUUAUGGAUAAUCCAUGCUUUAUUUCUUACUGUCCUUUCUUCCCUAUUCAAGCACAUGCAAAUUUUUGUGCGUUAAUACCUGUGUGGUAUUGCAAUGAUAAUUUCUGCUAUGAAGGUCCUGAUUUGCUGUCCCUGGUUAUGGCAGCAGAGGGGUGCAGCCCCAGCUUGCCUGCCUCUGGGAGGGGCUGUAGUGCUUCAUGCAGUACAGAAAAGGAGGUGGACAUCACCUUCUCUAACAUGUGUCCAGUUCUUGGUACACACUUACAGAGAAAGUGAGUAUUCCCCCUUCUUGCUGGUCACUGCAAACUGUUACUCACCUUGCAAUGCAACAUGUAUUCUUGCAUGCAAAUUAUAUCCUAGCACCAGCAUAUAAUUGUUAUGAAAAUGGUGGGUUUAUAAAUACCACUGAUAGCUCCAGACCUCUAGGCAGUAGUUCAUAGAACAGACUUCCUGUUAGGGCUUUGGUUACAAAAUGCCCUUGCACAGUGGAAUAAAAUAGGGUUUCCUUGUUCUAAAAUUGAAUGGUCACCCCAGGACAACGUGUCAAAUGGAAAUACAGUUAUCCCCUUCAAAAUAAUAGCUGUGAACAUAGUGACAGUAUUAACAAACUGGAAGAAAAAGCACAAGACUUUGAAAAAUACAAUGUUUUAUUGAGCACUUGACAGAAGAUUUUUCUCCUCUCCCAGGUUUUAAAUAAUUUUCCUCAAAGUUUUGUGAUGUGUGUGUGUUACUCAGCUGAGGAAACCUGGAUGAGAAGGUUUUUGGAAACCAUUAAUGUGUUUUUCCUUUCAGCUAAGGGCGAGGCUGCAGUUGUGCAGUAUUGCUGCAUGGCGUUUGCAGUGUGUAAUCAGGGGAGCAGCCGCCCCUUCCUUCCCAUCCAUGUACUCAGAGUAACAUAAUCCCUGGUGUACUUGAAACACCAGUCUCACACUCUCCUGGGGUAACUCCAGAGCAACUCAGCUGUUCUCAUCCUCCUUAGGAAAAGUUUCCUUGCUUGUUUCCUUCAUGAGCACUCUAUUCCAUUCUCUAUGCAUGCCACUGUAAUAAGUUGGGGAUAUAUAAGUUAAUUUCUUAUAUAUCCCAAAUCACAAUAGAGUUUCCCAAUCUGAAUGCAAAACUAUCAUUUCCUCUCCCUGAAAUUUAAAUAAUUUAAACACUAUAAGCCAAUGAAUACUUACAUUCUUCCCAAAAUCACUCAAUUCUCUGCAGUAAAUAACACCACCUCCAUAGCUGCCUUUUCAGAAGGAGCCCUAAGUAAAUGCAUAUAAAUGAUUUGAUGAUUACCUUCUUAGGUAAGUUUUCUGCGUUCUGUGAUGGUCCAUUAACUGACUGGGGGCUGGUCAAUAGGGGUACCACUGUUGGAGUGGGUAUGUGUUAGGAAAAGUUUCCUUUGCAGAGUAGGUGCUGUCAGUGUUCAUACUUCCAUAGUAGACAGUGGAACAGCAUGCAGGGGUUCAUGCAUCCCCUUUCACCAGGGCUGUUUGCUAUUACAGGGCUGAUAGCUGCCCUCUCAGCCUCCAGUGAAUAAUGUCCUGAGCCCAAAAGCAUCAGAGUUGGGCAAUAAUGACUUUUUAUGUCACCACAACUCCUGUUACAUGGGCAUAGCACAGGAGAGAGCUGGGCCAGGGUAGCAGAAGGAUGGCCUAGAAGGUGCUGUAAUGUACCUGGGGUUUCUUGUGUGGUGGUGGUGCCCCUUAACUCCUCUCCAGACUUGAACGAUGUUCCUGCUCAGUCAAAUUUGGACUUCAGCUGAAGGCUAAGGUGACACCCUGAUGUUAGAAAAAAACUUGUGAGUAAAAAAUACCCACUAGAUGGCAGAGAUGGCUUACAAAUGUGAGCAGGAAGGAAGCCAGAUGCAAGCUGUUAGUGGUGGUGGCAUGGAUUACUUGCACUAUUGCAAUGUCAGGGAGAAACAGAAGUGGAUCUGGGUACUAUUGCACCAAGUGCUGUGAAAACACACUCCUCCAGGACCACUGCUGUCUAGAAGAACACUAUAAAAUCACAAGCAUAAGGCCAGAUACAGCAAAUGGAUGUAGAGAAACAAGAAGGCACUUGUGUGAAUGUAGAAAGAAGAGUUCCCAGGGUUUUGCAAAGAUAUUCUGUUUAUAGAAACAUGACAGCCAAAGGGAAUCUGUUGGCAGGCUCAUAUAAAGAAACUUCUAGCUUAGCACUUGGGCCACAAACUUCACCCUUGGCAACAAACCCCUGAUAUUUAAAAGAAUCCUAACUCAGCUCUGUGCUGUGAACAUCCUGUUUGUUUUCUCUUCUUCAGAUCUGCACCAGCAGCACAAAGAGGACCUAUAUCUUCAGACAGAGGAGGCAACUGGAACAAGCUCAUGUUUGUUUCUUUUGCAGGCUUUUUGUUCAGAUUUGCUUUAGUGUACUGAGUUAAUCAACUGAAUCCAUAUCCUCUGUUUGACUUAGCUGACUAUACAUUUCGCUUCAGCUGAUUUCUAACUGCAGUUUCAUCCUGCUUUUAGGACUGCAAAACCUUCAUAUUAAAACCUUGCAUACUAGAUACUGGCUUGUUUUAAUAUCAAAAAUUAUCCCACUGCUGCUAGAAAGCCUUAUCCUUCAUUUUCUUUUUCUAGAAGUUCAUUGCUAUUUCCUCUUAUCUUUAUUCUCCAGAAUUAAACCAAGAAAAAUAUUUCCUGUUCACAUAUUUCAGAAAGAAAAAUGAGACUAAGCAUACAUCAUUACUUGUUUAUAAAGCCAUCCUAGCAUCUGACCUUGGAAACUAAGUGACUGAUUAUUGUGUUUGGGAAGGUGAAACAUAAAUUCAAGUGGAGAGAUCUUAGAUUGCUCACUUAAUACGAGAUGCAAUAGGUAAGGCAGUGGGAAAGUAAACUCACUUUUAUAAGUGGUCCAGUAUUUGGGCUAAACUUAAAAACUAGGGUACAGCAAGAUUCUGGGUGCAUACUUGCCUGCAGUAAUUUACUACAUAAUAUCAAUUGUUUCAUCAUCUGCACAGCUGUUCCUCAGCUGGCUGUUUCCUGGCCACUGGAUAGCAAAUAGUCAGAAAUAACAGGUCUAGAAAGUUCCACAGUUUUUCCACCACAAUGUGAUUUAUGGUAUAUCAAAUUCAGAUAAGAACCUGCCAAGUCAGACACUGGCCUGCUUGCAGUGAACUCGGAUACAGGGUUCAGAAAACACUGAGGAGACAGCAGAUGCCAUCCUGGAGGUUUCUUGGGUUACUUGUGUGAAUUCCAGUGCUUCAGCUAGAGGUUUCUCUAAACCACCAGGACAUCCAGUUACCAGGAUAACACAUAAAUCUUCAGAAAAAAAGUAGUCAUUCUACUGAGAAUAAUUGUAUGUAGCUAUUUUUUGCACAUUUUGUGUUAGCUUCUUUAUUAUUUAUUUGUGUUUGUAUAGAAUGGUUGCCAGGAAUCUUGGAGAGGAUGUUCCUGUUAUCUCAGUGAAUCUGAUUUAAGGGUCCAUAAUAGAUUUACAUCCUUUCAAUCCCUGAUGCAACUGUGUCAUGUUGUAUGUUUGAAAGAUAAAGUAUUUAAAAUAUGUUGUAGUUGCUUAUUUGUCUUGUUUCCCUGCCUGUAAUAAUCUUUAAUUUGGUUCAAUGCAAAUCUCUUUAUAUUGCACAUGUAUUUGGGUUUGCCUACAUCACAGGUGGGUUUAGGCUCCAGCCUGAAGGAUUUUUGUGUCUGUUUCAGACACAAAAAAGUACUGAAAGUACAGAAGUACUGAAAUCAGAAGUUACAGACCUUUAAAAAUCUGGGCUGUGUUAUGCCUCAAAAUUGUUUCCUAUCUGUGCUGUAACUUUAGUUUUUUGAUUAGUUCUUUGAACAUCCUGUUCAUUUUUUGUUUUGUUUCAUGUUUUAUUGUUUACAGUAGCCACCAGAGUAGUAAGAAAGGUGUCUGUAACACCUCGUAGCUAAAGGUACCUGAGUCACAUCUCAGAUAGCUAAAGCCAAGCAAUUGUGAUCAAUCUUCUGUUUGCCCACAGCAGAUCAUAUCAUGACACAUUUUGGGCCACAGGCUGCAGAGAUAGUGUGUGAGAGGCUGCCAGGUGUCCCAGCUAUCAUCAGGGCUGCUGUGUGCUACCUGCUGCCCUGUGUGUGAGCUCCAGAGAACAGCUCAAUACCAUUCACCAGCCAUGAGCCUCUUAGGCAACUUCCAGCCACAAGCCAAGCAUCCCAGCUGGCCAGCUUUUGCUUUCCAGCCUCUGCAUGGAAUUGACUCCAGCAGCACAGUCAGUGCUGGCAGUUACACAUGGUACCAAACACUCUGUAGAAAGUGCUAAAUAAUUCUCUCUUGGAAAAAAAUUAAAAUAUUAAGUAGGAUAACUUCAGUUUAAACAAUUGAGAUUACUUAAUACAUAGCCUUAUGUCAAAAACAACACACUCAGAACCUCUUCCAGUAUUUUCUUAUUUCUAAUGUUCUUUCCUCUUUUCCCAUUACUUCAACUCAGUAGCAAUGACAGCAAUUUCUUUUUAAUACCUGUUCAAUAAAGUGUCUCAAACUUGCUUAAAAAACUUGGGAAGAUCUGUAAAGAUUUAUAGCUAACCAGCUAAUAUAGCUAGUAAAAAAAAAAAUCAACAACAGCAAGGCAAAGUUCUAGAUGCAUAGGUUUCCUGAGACUUUUAGAGGCAGCAGAUUUCAAGCUGAGUGUGAAUUGUUUGUUCUCAGUAUAACAUAAUGGUUUUAAUCUGUGCAAAAGAGCAGUGUGACUGGCACCUCGGGAGCUGAGGGGCAGGAGUGUCAGCAAAGCAAGAAACAAUAAGGUUAUUUGUUACUCCCAGAGGGAGGGAGAAGCAUGAACGUGACUUUUUUUAAAAUUUCUACAUCUAUAAGAAUACGAAUAGCACUAUUUACAGAUAUGUAUUACACUGAAGUAGUGACUGUCAGCCAGGUGAGCCUGUGCUAUGUCUUGAACACUCUGAAAAUGUGAAAAUGCUCUGAUUAGCAAUGUCUAAUGCAAGAGCUGUGCCAAAUGUGGAGAAAUCAUGCUGUCCAAAAGGCAUCUGCCCUUUUCCUUAAACUCAUUCAAGCCUGGGUAAGUUCACAAAUAUAGAGUGAAAAUGUUUCAACCGUUCAUAUUUAUACUAGCAGUAGUACAAAAACAGCUGUCUCCAGAUGUGAAUUUGAGGGAGAAAAUGUUUCAGAUGAAACAAUAUGUAUAUCAUUUAAUACUGAGUCCUGUUGGGUGCCAAAAUGCUGUGUAAACCUAUUAAUAUCCAACUACUUGUGGCAAAUGAAAACAUCAUGUACAGGAGCAUUACAAGGUUUUCUGCAUUUCUGCAGAUAGACCUGUGGAAGCUACUGAAAGUAAGGCAGUAUUUCCUGCUGUGCCCAUUUUGUGGACCUCGUAAGAACUCAGUUACCUCACAUUCUUUAUUCCUGUAUAGAAGUUAAUAUACUCUCUCCUCCUACUAACCUACUUUUUCUUUUUGCUGCAUGCAUUUCAGUCAUUGUAUCUGACAGAAGCUGAACUCUAAUUCAGAGUAGUUCCUUUUUCCAGCAUGCACACAUAUACACCUGUUCACACCUGCUCUGCCUAUUUUUAAAUGUAAAGUCCUGAAUGCUCUGGAGUAAAAAGUUAUGAGAAUAAAGUGAGGACAACUUGA